AUGUCCUCCUCAAAGAGCUGGCUCAGCGCCGCCUGGCUGCUGUCCGUGGGCCAAUUUCUCACCAGCCCUCACUUCGCCAAAGCCGACAAUCCCAUCGUACAGACUCUCUACACGUCAGACCCAGCGCCCUUCGUGUACGAUGACCGGGUCUACCUCUUCACUGGCCACGACGAAGAUGGCCCCAACGACAACUACAACAUGCUCGACUGGCAACUCUUCUCCUCCGCCGACAUGGCAAACUGGCAGUAUCACGGCUCUCCGCUGAGUCUCGAUGCCUUCCCCUGGGCCAGCAUAAAUGCCUGGGCGGGACAGGUCAUCGAGCGCAACGACAAGUUCUACUGGUACGUCCCGGUGUCCAACGACGACUGGGCCUUCUCCAUCGGCGUGGCCGUGGCCGACAACAUCACGGGUCCGUACGUCGACGCGAUCGGCGAGGCCCUCGUGGCCGGCAGUGAGAUCGACCCGACGGUCUUCAUCGACGACGACGGCCAGGCCUACCUGUACUGGGGCAACCCGGGCUUGUUCUACGUCAAGCUAAACGAAGACAUGAUCUCCUACAGCGGGGAGGUCGUUGAGGUGGAGCUCACAGAAGAGGGCUUUGGCUCGCGCGACGACCCCGAAACCCCAACCAUGUACCAGGAGGGUCCGUGGCUGUACAAGCGGGGCGAUCUGUACUACAUGAUCUUCGCAGCUAAGUGCUGCCCCGAAAACAUCCAGUACUCGACGGGCCCCAGUGCCACGGGGCCGUGGACCUACGGCGGUGUCAUCAUGGACUCCGCAGGCACGAGUGGAACCAACCAUGUCGGGAUUGUGGAAUACAAGGAUACCCCGUACUUCUUUUAUCACAAUGGCGCACUUCCCGGUGGGGGCAGCUAUACUCGCUCGGUCUGUCUCGAGAGCUUCGAGUACAACCCUGACGGUACUUUCCCGACGCUUAAGAUGACGGAAGAAGGUCCGGCCCAGAUCGGUGCUCUGGAUCCCUACGUCCGACAGGAGGCGGAGACCAUUGCUUGGUCGGAAGGCCUGAAGACCGUCACCGGGGAGGCUGGCGUGAUCUUCGUGGGGAAGAUCAACGAUGGCGACUUUAUCAAGGUUAAGGGUGUUGCGUUCAAGGAGGGGGCAACCAAGUUCUCUGCCAGCGUCGCGUCUGAAGUCAACGGUGGCAGCAUCGAGUUGCAUCUUGGGGCCGUGGACGGCAAAGUCAUCGGUACUUGUGCUGUUGAGGUCACCGGGGGCUGGGAGAAGUGGAAGACCGUGUCAUGUCCUGUUGAGGUCGCUGCCGACACGACAGAUGAUCUUUUCUUCAAGUUCAUCGGCGAUUCUGCUGAUGAUCUGUUCAACGUUGACUGGUGGCAAUUUGAAUAA